UACUGCCUUUCGUACUACUACUACUAAGUAUCCUACAACUACUGCCUUUCGUACUACUACUACUAAGUACCCCACUACUACUGCCUUUCGUACUACUACUAUUAAGUAUCCUGCAACUACUGCCUUUCGUACUACUACUAAGUAUCCUACUACUACUGCCUUUCGUACUACUACUACUAAGUAUCCUAUGACUGCUGCCUUUCGUUUUACUUUUACUCCAUAUCCUACUACUAUUGCCUUUCGUACUACUACUACCACUGAGUAUCCUACUACUACUGCCUUUCCUACUGCUUCUACUGAGUAUCCUACGACUACUGCCUUUCGUACUACUGCUGCUGUUACUUUUGCUACUGACCCUCCUACUAUUACUACUCAUACUACUACUACUCCUACUACCAUAAGUACCACUCGUAACCCCCCUUCUACCACUCCUCUGAUUUGUGAUAAUGGAGGGAAACCUGUGAGUGGUGUCUGUAUCUGUCCUGAUGAAUGGACUGGAGAGAGAUGCUCAGUUGAAAAUUUCUGCCGUGCCCAACAGUUGGCUGGAUACAGUUUCCCACGCACACCCAUCGGCUGGUUUGCAUAUUCAGACGAACUCUGUAAAGUAGGAACGAGUGGUGCUGGUAAACCCAGAGCUUCGACCAGAUGUUCCACCAAGAAUGGACCACUGAGUUUUGAGCCCCCACACGUCUAUCUGUGUGACCAGACGCUCAGUGACAUACAACAAAAUCUGACGAGUCCUGCUGCCUUAGAGACGUUGGCGAGCAGCACUCAGAUUCUGACGUCUCCAAACGCCACAGAGGUCGUCAGGGUGGCUGCCAUAGCAACAGUCAGCCAGCUGCUUAACGCCAGCGUGCCAGGCAACUGCGAGGAAAACAGCGCUACACUGGAACUCACAAAGACCCUGGACCAGCUCUCUGUGGACCUCAGCCUCAGUUCCAACACGUCUCAGUCUCAGGUGGUCCAACCCAACCUGGUGGUCCAGUCGGCACAAAUCGCUGCUGCAGACACUCUGGGAGUCCAGUUCACUUCGCUCUCAGGGACAUCCGGCAGUUUUGUUGCCGACCGCAUUGUGCUGAACAUCAACACAUCGACAAUCAUGGUGGAAAACGGGAUUUCUGACGCUCUGAUAUACAUUCGAUUCCCAUCAGCCGUUGGUGUUCAUCAGCAGACAGAAAAUGUCUCGCUGGGUUUCGUCCUCUACCAGAACGACCGUUUCUUCAGGUCGAGGCGCUACAGUCGGAGGCGGGUCACUGUCAGGGUCCUGUCUGCCACCAUCAGAGGUCAGGAGCGCCGCACGGUGCCACAACAUGUGGAGAUGCAGUUCAGACCAAGGGUUCUGGACGGGACAGCUCUGUUCCACUUUGCUUGUGUUUUCUGGGACUACAGUCUGCAGGACUGGAGCACCGCCGGCUGCUCCAAAGGAGACGCUUCAGACGGACUCCUCAGAUGUUUCUGCAACCACACCACGAACUUCGCUGCUCUCUGGUCUUUCAGAGAGAACUAUGAGUAUGCAGAAGCCCUGGAUGUGAUUUCUAUUGUUGGACUUUCUUUUUCUGUUCUGGGUUUGGUUGUUACGAUAAUUCACCACCUUAAAGACAACUUUCAGAGAAAGUCUGAUGAGCGUGAGACUAAUAAGAACUCGAAGCUCGCUCUGCUGAGCAUCUGCAUCAGCCUGCUGGCCUUCAUCCUCACCUUCCUCUCUGGAGCUGUCAACUCCAGCCGACAGUACGCCAGUCCGGUGGAGGUCGACAAUCAGACCAACACGGUCCUGGACUCUGACGAACACAUGGAGCCAGAUGGAGGCUCGUGUACGGCGGUGGCGGCUCUGCUUCAUUUCUUCCUGUUAGCCACGUUCUUGUGGAACUUCCUGUACGGCAUGCAGCUGGUGCUGAUGGUCCGGAUGCAGCCGGAUACAUCCAGUCCAGGAAAUCUGCCUCCAUACUGGACUCCCCUCAGUGUCACUGUGGGAUGGGGAGUCCCAGCCAUCGCCAUGGCAUCCACACUGGGAGGCUCCUACAGCAUGGACGACCCGCUCGGAUACAGACAGGAGGAAUUUUGCUGGCUCGCAGCUCUGGAUAAGAACAAACAGUUUGACUUUGGGAAGCCGAUGUUUUGGGGUUUCCUCCUUCCACUCGCUCUGAUUCUGUUCUCCAACGUGGUUCUGUUGGUUCUGACAUCGCUGACUAUUUGCAGCACCAGACCUUCCUCUUUGUGGAAGAAGUUUUUCACCAGUUUUUCUCUGGCUGUGUUACUGGGUCUGUCCUGGACUAUGGGCUACCUGGUGCUCGUCACUAAAGGCUCCGCCCACCUGGUCUUCAGCAUCCUUUUCUGCGUCUGUACGACCACACAGGGGUUUCAGAUAUUUGUCCUCUUCACAGCCAGGACAGUGUCCUUCAGAGCCUUCAUGUCCACAUGCCGUCAGUACGUGUCAUCUGAUAACCUCCCCCUCAGAGAAACAGAAAACAAUAUACAGGCUGCACAGGAGCUUGGAGUUCAGACGACCACUGGAAAAGAACCACAUGUCCCAAAAUGCACUGGAACCAAACGUUCAACGGUCUGAAAGAAAAAAGACAACAGAGAAAGGAUUUAAAUUGAAUGAUUAAAGGUUUUAGCACUUUUUAAAAAAUAAAAAAUAAAAUAAUAUUUAGCUUUAAUAAAUAUAAUUAAUAGUUAAUAAUAUGAACGCUUCAGAGGUUUAUUUCUAAAUUUUCUGGAAAAUUGUUUAAUUUCCAAAUUAAUAUGUCUGUUACACGCUUUUAAGAUUUACAAAAAUAUAGCAUUUUUUCUUUUUCAAUUUUGAGGGGUUUUUAUUAAGCUUUUUUAUUAAUUUGCUUUAUAUUUUUAUUAUUAGUAUUAUUAUUACUAUAAUCACUUGAUCCCUUUUGUGUUGAUGCAAAGUG